AUGCGCUUCCUGUGGCCUGUCUGGGCACGCCCGCACCGCCUUCGCCAGUAUCAGCGGCGGCUCGUCGCAUUCACCGCCGUGAUCGUGCCUCUCCUCGUCUACCUCCUCCCCUACGACAGCCGGGUCAAGAUAGCCCUACAGUACCACCUGACCGGGCCCCUACUACGGCCAGCCCUGGCCAUCGAGCCCUUUAUGUCAGAGGCGGCCCCCUUCCCGGCGGACCUGUCCGAGGACGUGGCCUACAUCCUCAAGACGGGCUACGCCACGCAGGACCGCGUCGCGGGCUGUCUGCAAACGCUGGAGGACGCCUCGGUGUUCAGGGACCUGUUUCUGGUGGCGGACUUUGCUGCGCUUGCGCGCGAUGACGGGAGCCGGUUCGUUCGCAAUGGUGGGCUGCCGCUUGCGGUGCACGAUGUGGUGGCGCGGACGCUGGCGCGCGCGCCUCCUGCUCUGGUAAGAACGUCGCCGCGCGCGGCGAUGCAUGCGAAACUGAGUCUUGCGAUCGAGGAAGGUGAUGGCGAUGCUGCGCGCGCGUUGGCGAAGGAGGUCGGAUACCCCCUUGAUGCAAUGAAGUUCAUCUCGAGCCUCGAACUCGCCUACAGAACCGCGCCAGACAAGAAAUGGUACGUCCUCGUCGACGACGACACCUACCUCGUCCGGCCGACCCUGCAGCAGCUCCUCGGCCAAUUCGACCCCGCGAAGCCGUACUACCUGGGCAACGCCAUCGGCGGGUGGAACUACCGCUUCGCGCACGGCGGCUCGGCCGUGGUGCUCUCGCGCGGCGCCCUGCAAAGGCUGUUCACCGAGAACCCGCGCGCGGCGGCGGGCGCCUACGCCGCCUCGCUCAUCCACGGCUGGGGCGAUCUGUUGUUAGCUGAGGCGCUGGCGCGCGUCGGUGUUUAUGUGGAGGAAGGCUGGCGGAGCCUGUUUAAUGGUGAGACGCCUGCUACUACUAAGAUCCGGCCGGACCGGUUCUGCGCGCCUGUCGUGUCGUUCCAUGAGGUCAAGACGGAGGAGGCCAUGCGGGGCGUGCACGGCGUCUUUAGCAAUAUCGCGGCGCCGAGCCGCUGGAUCGACGUCUGGGCGUUGCUCGGGGCGCCCGCCUGGGAGGCGUUUGAGGAGGAGCCGUUAAGACGGGACUGGGACCAUGUGGGCAGGACGGACGAGUAUACCGUCACGGUGGAGGGGGUGGAGAGCGCGCUGGGGUGCUUGGGGUUGUGUCUAAGGCAGAAGCUGAAGGGGGAUGAUGCGUGUUUGGCUUGGACUUGGGUUGGGGAGGGAGGCGUCUGUCAUCUGAGUCCGUGGAUCGUGGUUGGGGAGAGGAAUGCUGGGAGGAUUACGGGGUUGAAUGUUCAGAGGGUGAGGAGUCUGGCUGGGGCGUGUGGUGCGUGA